AUGACAAAUAAAUAUGAAAAAAAGAAGUGUUUUAUAUUAUUAGCUUCUUUAUAUUAUAUAAUUUUAACACAAUACAUAUGUUAUUAUGUUUAUGCUACAAAUUAUAGUCCAUGUGAUGGUAAAUCACAAUUAUCAGAACCAUGUGAUAAAGAUAUAGAUUGUGAAUUAAAAGGUAGUAUUUGUUUAAGAUCAAGGUGUCGUUGUCAUCCACAUUAUGUUGAAGUUACAGAAAAAAAUGGAAAAAAGCGUUGUAUAAGAUUACCUUCAAAGAUAGGAGCACAAUGUAAUAAUAGUUGUCGUGAACCAUUAUUUUGUCGCAAUGGAAUAUGUCAAUGUGUCCAAAGAGGAUCAACUACUUUACAAAAUGGUGAAUGUAUAUUUAUUUCAAAUGUUGGCGAUAGAUGUUCACGUCAUACUGACUGUACGGCACCAUUUAGUGCAUGUUUAAAUUCACAAUGUGUAUGUAUAUCAGGGACUGUUCAACAGGGUAAUAAAUGUGUUGCUUCAACAAAUUGUCCUUUAGGUGGAAUGCCUGUAGGUACAUGUACAAGAAAAGCAUCAAAAGCACAAGUUUAUAAUUUUAUUGACAAUGCUGAUGAUUGUCCAUCUAAUAUGGUCUGUAUAACAGCUCCUGAUUCUCCUAUAGGACAUUGUUGUCCUAAAGUUUGUCCUUUAGGAACUACAUAUGAUUCAUCAUUUCAUUGUGAUAUUAAAAGUAAUGCUACAAAUAAAUGUCCAUCUGAUACUCAUUUUUGUCAUAGACUUAGUGAUGGUCAUUUUGUACAAUCAAUUUGUUGUCGACGUCCAUGUAAUGCUUAUUCACCAAAAGCAUUAUAUUUAAAUGGUGAAUGUGUUCAAAGAGGACAAUUAAAUUCUCAAUGUACGGUUAAUGAUCAAUGUGGUGGAUCAGAAGGAAUGCAAUGUGUUAAUGGAUAUUGUCAAUGUUCUGCUGGUUUUCAUCCAUCAACAGAUAUUUUAACACAUGCUAUUAAAAAUCCAAGUCAAUUAUGUAUUAAAGAUUGUAAAACGAAUAAUUUAUCAAGAGAUACAACGUGUCAUGAACCAUCAACAUUAGGAAGACCAUGUUUUGUUCAAGAACAAUGUCCUAAAAAUUCUGGAUGUUAUCGUGGUCGAUGCCAAUGUCGUUGUAAAUUUGAAUUAAAAGGUGAUAAAUGUGUAAUGAUUGAAAAACCAACAACAGAAAGACCACAACCAGUUGUUAUUCCAGGUUUUCCUCAAGGUCAAAAUGGUGGUGAUAUUAUUGGUUUAAUAGGAAGAUUAUUUGGUGGAGCUGGACAAGGAUUGACAAGAAAUGGAUAG